AUGCCAAAAAGAGUUAUAGAAAUAGAAGAGGAGACUUCUAGGAAUAAGAGAUCCGUCGACAUCGAUGCAAAGAUUGUUGGUGGAUACGAAGGUUAUGUUCCAGAAGAGCGGGAAACAGAGAUAGACGAGAUAGACGAACCUUUAAGCGAACAAGAAAUGCUAAAUUUUCACAAGUCGUAUGUUGUUGGGCGCAAGCCUUGUAAGAUCAGAAUACGGAACAAUAGGGGGUACGACUGGCAAAAGUUAAGUAGUGGCACACUUUUAGAGACGCUUUCUGGAGAGCAGCUGUUACAAGUUGAGCAAAAAGUAGAUGGUGGUUUUGGCAGUGGGAAAAAGCGGUUAAAGAUGACAUUGAAGGAAUUUAUAGAACGGCUAAGUGGAGGAGAUAAUGAACUUUACCUCACUACACAAUACAUUGAAGAUGAUCUAGAACAGGAAUCUGAGGAAGAUGAGAGUGAUUUUUCUGUGGCUUCCAAAUGUAGUAGAGCAGACGCCGAAGGCACUGAAAUUGAAGCCAAUCCUGAUGACACAGAUAAUGAGGGGGAUAACAGUGAGACUUUCAUCACUGCUAUUGAAAAUAUUAGUGGAGAAGGCGACGGUGGCGACGGUGGCGACGAUGACGCCAGUAGCGAUACAGAUGAUAUUGAUGGCAUAAAAGAUGAUUACGAUGCCCUUUUCUCAACAGAAGAACCAAUUGCACAACUCUCUACAGGCCCACUUCACGUGGAAGAGGCAAAUCAGCGUGUCAGGGAGCUCUAUCAGGCGCCGCUAACAUCUGUGAUUCACAGCUUGCCCCCGCCGGUACCGGAAUUUCUACCCUAUCUCUUGCCUCAACAAAUCAACUUGUGGGUUGGACGCAUUUCCCCUUCUGUGGAAAAUCAUGUUACUAUGGAGAAAUAUAACCCCUCAGAUCCACGGCUUGGGUUCGGCAGUCAUCUCCCUAGCGGUGGUACUUCUUCCGGACUUCACCACGAUCACGCAGACAAUCUAUACAUCCCAAUUGAGGGUCAUAAAUGCUUCACACUUUUUUCCCCAGCUGACGCAAUCAAAAUGUACACCAAGGGUGAUGUCUGCUCUGUUUUGAAAACAGGUAUCAUUAAUUACCAACGGAAUGAGAAUGCCCCAUUGUGGAGAGAACUACGGGAAGAUGGCGCCAUUGUAGCAGAAGUUGCUGCACAUAGACUAAAAAUGGAAGCAGAUUCCUUGUCACCAACAGAAAAAGAACAACUUCAAGCUAUUGUUGAUAAAGAUGAAGAAGAGCCGAAGGUGACUGAAAAUGUAGACCCCCCUCACUUCUCUCACAUCCCCGUUGCUGCCGUUCAUGUGAAUGAGAUGAAGGACCUAAAACUUCAAAAUGAUGUAAAGCAAGAAAUUGAAAGGCGUUGGCCGCUCUUCAGCAAGGCAAACAGGAUUACUGUUAACUUACGCCCAGGAGAAAUGCUUUGGUUGCCCGCUGGCUGGUUCCAUGAGGUUACCUCUUUUGGUAGCAACAAAAAUAACUUCCACGUUGCUGCAAAUUACUGGUUUAUACCACCGAAUGGUCCAUCUAUAGACACCCCUUACCCUCUUAAGGAUAAAUAUUGGCCCUUGGACUAUGAACGCACAAAAGCCUCCUUGCAUUAUUACCGUAGCAAUCAUCUCCAUGAUGUACCUGCUCAGGGACCCGCAAGUAAUUUUAUGUAG